AUGACGCACUGUGCGGCGGGCCACGCGGCGCGCUUGCAUCCUGACAUCCGCAGAAGCGCGUCGCAGCGGGCCAAGCCCGCGCCUGUCAGACAUGGAGCCGGUGGGAGGCGUUGUGGCUUUGCGGCCUGUCCUGUGCGGAGGAUCGGUGCACGCGACGCCCGGGCCACGCUCGCGUGCUCUGCGAUCGCCGAGGACCAGAGCGCGUCGAGUCCGGCGGACGAGGCGCUUUUGAACUUCAUAGGGGACGCCAGGCUCGACGAUGAGCCGCGCACGGAGCUGCUGAUCCGACCCAUGACGGAGCCGUGGGUGGGGCCAAUGACGUCCCUGCUCUGCGACGCCUUCAUGGACAGCCUCGCGAUCCUGCCGGCUUACCAGCGGUACCUCCGGCGACAGAUCACCGGGUACCUGAAGGACCACAUGAAGAUGGUUCCGAAGGCGCUCAUACUGGUCGCGCUCGUCGUCGAGACCCACGCAGUCGGCAGCGAUGGCAGCGAGGACCCCCACAUGACAUGGACGGAACAACCUGACAAGAGCCGGCUGGCCGACGACGACGACGGCGCGAUCCUGCUCACGCCCGGCGGCAGCGACCCCGCGCUGCAGGUCCCCGCCAACGCCGGCGUCAGAUCCGGGGCCGCGGCCGCGAACCCGGACCCCCUCGCGACCUUUCUGCCCACCGCCUUCACGCCAGCCUAUCGCAACCGCCAGGCCGCCGCUGGCGGGGCGCCCGCGCUGCCUGUCGACACCCACGACGGCCGGGCCUUCCCGCUCGGCGAGAGCCCGCCCAGCGCCGCGGCGGGUCUGCGGCGGUGGCGCCUGGUGGGUACGACGGAGGUGAGCUUCCACGUGGACACGCGCACGAAGUACGUGACGCUGAACCCGCCGGACCGGUGCGCGUACCUCUGUAACAUGGCGGUGCAUCCGUCGUGGCGGAGGAAGGGCAUCGGAGCGGCCCUGCUGCGCGCUGCGGAGGAUCUUGCAAGGGAGGCGGGGGAGGAGGAGAUGUACUUGCACCUGCGGCUCAAGGACGGCCCCGCGGAGGCGCUGUACCGCACGGAGGGCUACGAGGUGCAGUCCACGGACAACAUCCUGGUGCCCAUCAUCGGCAUGGACCGGCGGCACCUGAUGGUGAAGCGCCUGACCGAGCCGUGA